AUUUAAAUCGCCUCCGGCCCUGGCCAGCAGCGAGUGUCUCCUUUCGUAAAAGAAUUAUGGUAUUUUUCCCCGCGAGAAAAGCCCCGAGGCGCCACGAGUAGGCCCUCCCGCCCAGGCCGCCAUCCGGACAGGGCGCGGGCGGAGCGCAAGGGCAAAAUGUCAACAAAGGCGGCGUUGCGUCACCGUGGCGGCGCCAGUCGAUAGGCCUUCGCGGUCGCCGUCGUCGCUCCUGGUCUCGAGCCGUGCACGGGAGCCGCUCACGAUGACGGGCUCCCAUCGCGUGGUGCUGCUGGCGUGCGGCUCCUUCAACCCGCCCACCAACAUGCACCUCAGGAUGUUCGAAAUUGCACGGGAUUUUCUUCACAGAACUACAAAUUAUAAUGUAGUAGCGGGCUUGAUAUCUCCAGUCCAUGACAAAUAUGGGAAGGAGGGUUUAGUAAAUGCAAGUGAUCGUAUACAGAUGUUACGUCUAGCGCUGAAUUCCUCGUCAUGGGUACACGUGAGCGAGUGGGAGACACAGCAGGACGAGUGGACGCCAACACGAGAAGCUGUUCAAUACCAUCAGAAUUUGAUUCAGUCCACUUUGCGCAAACUGGGCAACUCCUCCAUCAGUGUAAGGAGACAUGGACGGGAGUUGGUGGACUCUGUGGUCAAUGGAAAUGUGGAUCCCACAGUGAAGCGACAGCGCCUUGACAGCAGCACGUCAUGGCUGACACACCUAGCAGGCUCAACAGAUCCUGUCUCCGUUAAACUUCUCUGUGGUGCUGAUCUUUUAGAGUCUUUUGCACGACCAGGCCUCUGGAAGGAUGAGGAUAUAGAAGCUCUGGUUGGAAAAUACGGGAUUGUUGUGAUAACACGAGAAGGCAGCAAUCCCUACAAGUUUAUAUACGAGUCUGAUGUGCUUACUAGGCAUCAGAAAAAUAUUCACAUUGUAACUGAAUGGAUCACCAAUGAAGUAAGCUCUACAAAGGUUCGCCGAGCCCUGAGACGUGGUGAAAGUGUCAAGUAUCUAGUGCAAGACAGUGUCAUAGACUAUAUCUACAAGAAUGCCUUGUACAACACACACAACAAGUGAGUGUUGGCGCACAUAGGAUCACAUUAUUUUAAUUAUUUAAAUGCACUUUCCAUGUUGCUUAUUUUACUUUCAAUGUUGCUUUUUUAUCAUUCUCUGCACUCCAGCCUAGUCAAUUCUUAGGCAUCUGUCCCACUGUUGCAGGACUGUGUUCAGCUACAUGUAAGCAAAAGAAAGAUAUUGUUGCAAUGUUUAUAAUUGGAUUAGACUUGGUUAGAGGAAUUACUAGGCAGUUCAAAUUUUGCAAAUUCAUUGAACCUGUAUAUUUAACAUUGUGACAGUAUUUUCUUUAUCCCUAUGAAUUAGCUUUAAGAAGCCUUUUGCAGUAUAGAGGGUGAAUACUUUCAACAAUGGUAUUGUAUGAAAAGGUUAGGGUGAGUGAGAGAAAUAUUGCAUGUUGUAUGUUUGUGUAACUUUAAGCAUGUGUGAAUAAGAGAAUAUCUUUGUAUUUGUAUGUGUGUGUGUAUGUAUGCAUGCAUGUCUAUGUGUCCCUGUGUGCACAAGAGUGUUGGGUGUGUUUUGUACAUUUGUAUGUUCUGUGUAUAUAUGUGUAAUGUUUGUGAACCAAUGUGCACAUACAUUUUUCCAAACAGGCACUUGCAAACAAAUAUAUAUGUAAGUCAAGGUACAAAUAUAUAUUUGCACGUUGACUUACAUUGAUACACUCUAUAUAAAUCCAGUAUUUAAGGAUUAAAGGGUAUACAAUUUUUAGUUGGGAAUAAUUUCAUGACAGACUUUAAAAAGUAGAAUUUUAAUUAGACCAAAUCAGACAGACAGGGGAUAUUAACAGCUACCUUUUGAUCAGCAUAAUAAUAAACCCUUAUUGUUUUGUACAAUGAGAUAACAAAAAACCAUCUGACUGGAGUCUGUCAUAUCUACUAUUAAAACUACCAUUAUAAAUCUCCUCCAAUUAAUGUCCCAAACUUAGUAAAACUUAAACACUGAAUUUUGUGGAUUAAUCCCCCUCUUGGAACACUUGGGCAUCUCUUAUACUAGAAAAUACUACACUGACAAAGAGAGUAAAUGUGUGAGUGUGUGAGUGAGAGGAAGUACGUGCAAGUAAGCAAGUAAGUGUGUGAGCGAGUGAAUGUGUGUGUGAAUGUGUGUGUGAGUGUGUGUGUGAGUGUGUGUGUGAGUGUGUGUGUGAGUGUGUGUGUGUGUGUGUGUGUGUGUGUGUGUGUGUGUGUGUGUGUGUGUGUGUGUGUGUGUGUGUGUGUGUGUGUGUGUGUGAAUGUGUGUGUGUGUGAAUGUGUGUGUGUGUGAGUGAGUGAGUGAGUGAGUGAGUGUGUGAGUGUGUGAGUGAGUGAGUGAGUGAGUGAGUGAGUGAGUGAGUGAGUGAGUGAGUGAGAGAGAGAGAGAGAGAGAGAGAGAGAGAGAGAGAGAGAGAGAGAGAGAGAGAGAGAGAGAGAGAAUGUAAAUAUAUGUAUGUAUAAAAGCAUAUAGACCCCAAUUCUUCCACCUAUAUACAUGUGUUUGUAUUUGAUGACUUCUACAGAGGUGUAGCAAAAACAGACUUCUGCAGAGAAUGUGUAGCAAAAACAAUUCUAGUAUAAUUUAUCCUAAAAAAAUCCGACAUCUUGCUCAUAGUAAUGCUCAAGGCAGGAAAGGUUCCAUGAUUUGCCUUAUGGUUCAUGGAUGUUCACAGUAAAAGAUAACUAUCCUUACCUCUAGUGCAGUUCUGGAAACCAUUCAAGUAAUAGACACAAAAAAUGCUUUCAGUAUUUAACCUUUAGUUUUUCUUACCUUGAAUCAAGGAAACAUAUUUUUUUAUGUACAUAGGCUGAAUACUGUUUUAUUUAUGUAAAACACUUUUUUUCUAUGGUAAUAAAAUUUAGGCUUCUUAAA